AAAAAUUCAGCUCGCACUUGCAAAGGUUAGUUUCAUUAUUUAAAAAGUAAAACCAAUGGAAAAUGUCUUCAGUAUCUUGAUAAUACAAACAGUUGACAUUUUCAGUCUGAGUAGUUCUGUGAUCUCUGAUACUGUUUUGUGAAACCCAGGUGCUUCCAGUCUUGUGCUCUGCUGUUUGUGUCUAUAUAAAAAUUUCAGAUAUUUAAAACAUUUGGUUUUACUGUUUCUGCUGGUGACACGUAGCACCAUUUGCACAUUUACUGUUUGAAAACAUAUUUUAGAAUGAAAAUGCAUGCAGAUUUUUGCCUUUUCAGUGACAAAACAAUUUUGCAGUGAAUAAAGGAAAGAUUGAGGAACUAAACUCUACAGCUAUUAAUGGUAAUUCGGCUGGGGGCCACCCCUGUCAGCCUGAGCUUGCUCUCUGUCCAGGUUUAUGCUGCUUCUUCAGAGAAGACUUCCAAAAAGGAAUUGCUGAAAACUGAGGAGCUGUCACUGUACUCCUCCCCAGCUCGUGAGACUAAAUAUGUGGAGAAUCCCAAAACCGACUUGGAAGAGGGGGUUUCCCAUUUGCGGCAUAUUAUGGAGCCAUAUACAGCCUGGUGUCAGGAUCUUUAUGCCAAAGCUAAGCCCACGUUAGAAAAAGCUGUUGAGCAUGGUAGAGAGGGCUAUGAAUUUCUCCAAAAACCGCCUGCUGGAUUUUAUCCAAGACUUGGUGUGAUAAGUUUUGCUGGAAUUAUUGGAUUGUUUCUUGCUAGAGGCUCAAAAAUAAAGAAGUUGGUGUAUCCUGCAGUUCUCAUGGGUAUUGGUACCUCCAUGUAUUACCCUCAGCAAGCGGUUGAUAUUGCAAAGGUUGCUGGCACACAGCUGUAUGACUGGAGUCUUCAAGGAUAUAUUGCUGUAGAAGCUCUUUGGAAGGAUAAUCCUAAGAAGAAGAAAUCAGGGGAAAAAGGUGAUAAGGGUGAUGCAGUAGGUGACAAGCCCCUGGAAGUCCAUGCUGCUUCAAAUAAAGAGCAAAACCACAAGUAGAAUGCUACAUCAGCUGGCAUCAAAGAGGUGAAUGAAAAUAUAGAUAUGAGCAACAAUUUCCCAAGAAAAAGAUUAAAACCAUCUGAAUCCAUUUUGAAUGUGACUAAUCUGCCUUCUGCCUCAGGACAGUCUGAUGAUCUGCUGCUCAGGCUUCUGGUAUGGCUUCUGUGAAAGGACACUACGUGUUUUGGGUCAGUCUUGAGACUUCAUCCUGUGUUCUGCAGUGGGACUCAAGUCUGCCCAUGCCUGUCCCAUUGCAGGAUCAACAUUGCAAGUAGCAAGUCUCAAAAUCCCUCGGUCUCUUUAUUAUUUAUAUAUAAAAUAAAAUUCCAAUUACAGAAAAUGGUCCAUUUUU